AUGAAGAUGGCCUCCGACCCAGCAAGUCUCGGGGCGCCUGCCGAGUUCGACGAUCAUAUCAUCCCACCAGAGUCUGACACCCUGAUCGGAUUGCCGCCUGUGCUCUUCAAAGGACUGAUCGGUGUUACAACAAUCGCUGGGAUCUCGCUAGUGUCUUGCACGGCUCUCUUCCUUCAUCUCACAUACAGACUUGUGCGAUGGCAUUUCCGCGUGAAAAGCCCUUCCAAACAGAGAAGGAGACAGUCGUCGUAUACCGAUUUCAACCUGGGUCUAGCAGCGCGGCACUUUCAUCGCAAAUUCUCACGGGGCAGCACAGCAGAUCCUGAGAGUGGUAGACCAGACCAGGAAGCACCGCACCCGAAUCAGUUCAUACUGUUGAUACAUAACCUGAUGCUGGCCGACAUCCAUCAUUCACUGUCAUUCUUCUUCAACGCAGUAUGGCUAGCAAAGGAUGCAAUCCUCGUGGGAACAGGGACCUGUUACGCGCAGGGUUGGUUUAUGUCGACUGGCGGCCUCGCGGCCAGUUUAUGUGUGACCAACAUCGCCAUUCACAAUUACUGCAUCAUCGUGCGGGGGUGGAAGCCGCCACAUUGGGUGAUUGUCACUGCCAACAUUAUGGUCUGGGUGAUCGAUUAUGGCCUUGCUGCUCUGGGGAUCGCCGUCACGAGAAAUGGAGCAGCGUAUGGAGGGUUCUAUGUUCGUGCAGGUGCAUGGUGCUGGAUGAACGUUCAUUAUCAAACUCUACGUCUCGCGGUUCACUAUCUCUAUAUCUUCAUGACCCUUAUCAUUACCAGCAUUCUCUACGUACUCAUCUUCAUCACUCUUCAAAAACGACGACAAGACGGCGACGACACGAGCACACACUCCGGAUCGAGCAUGCGUGGCAUCACUUCCAACGGGGAUGCAUCGGUCAAGUCUCGCCGUGGCGGUGAUUCGGCGUCCAAAUCCGAUCAGCACGAGGUACGGCAGCUUCAGCGGAUCGUCAGGAAGACGAGCCGUCACCAGAUCUUUCUUCUUUACCCCAUAAUCUACGUCGUAUGCACACUGCCGCUUCUAGUAGCCCGUAUCGCCACCAUGGCUGGAUACAAGGUUCACUUUGAGUUCUUUUGCAUUGUGGGGGCACUCCUCGCCUCCAACGGCUUCCUCAAUGCUCUUCUGUGGGGGAUCACGCGACGGAGCAUUGUGUUCGGUGGCGAUGUCGGCGCUUCGGAGGAUAUGGGCCUAGAAGGGUUCUCCUUUAUGCUUACCCCGGCCAACCGCGUCUUUGGAAACAUGGUACUGGUGGAGGCUGGUCCCGGCAUCCGCGCCAGCCAUGAAAGGGGGUUCCGCGCAUGGGCGACAGACGAGGGAAAGAAGGCCAAUUUCUGGCAGCGUCAGGUCACGAAAGUGCGGAGGCUGUUUGGACUUCGAUGCCCGCACAAGGGCAAGGAAGUGCAUCUGGGGGCGCUGGAUCGCCGUGAGUCUGGAUGGAACGGUUUCAUGAGCGAGGAAUCCCUUGACCGUGGACUGCGAGGAGAAGGUCGGUUGGCGAUUCAACUGGAGCGCGUGACAGAAGUGAAGGUUGAGAUCAAUCCCCACACCAAGAACAGACUCCGGGAGCCGAGUCUGCGAUCUGUCCAAAGCAACCCCGAGUACGAGGAUAUAGACUUGCCACCGAUUGAGUAG